AGCGUAUGGUGCUCUAGAGCGCUCAGCUCACAGCCAGGGCUGCAGAGAUCCCGCUUGCUUGUUCAUGAUCUUGACCGGCUUCUGCUCCAGUUCCUCACCCUUGGAGUCUCCAAGCGCCCGGUUAAGCGCCAACCACCGGCCGGCACACAGGAGGCUCACCUAACGGCAGCAGUGAGUGACACAGUAGUGUGGCGGAAGUGCGGCGAAGGUGGUAAGGUACGAAGGCGGCGUCCUCGCUGCCCAGCCAGCCCGACAACAGAUUCUGCACUGUGAGCCCGGCCGAGUAGAACUCGUUGGGCGUGAACACGAAGCACACUGCGAAGACCAGGUAGGCCAACGUGAAGGUCACCUCAGGGCUGUCCAUCCCGCCACCGCUCACUGGGCCGUGCAGAGGCAGGAGAGUCCAGUUCUGGACAGUUGGUUUGUUGCCGCAGCCACCGCCGUCAGAUCGCCCGCGGGGCACUCUGGGAAACGGAGUCCAAGUCCGGCUACUGGCGGGGCAUCCUGCGAAUCUGAGCGCCUCCUGUCCAGGCACCCGCAAAGCAUUCUAGGAAAUGGAGUCCCCUCCUCAGGCUGCCCGCGGGGCACUGUGGGAGACAAUUUCCCUGUUGGGUUGACCCGAAGGGCACCCUGGGAGUCAGAGUCUCGCGAGGCCGCCCCCGGCAUUCUGAGUGGGGAGUUCUCGGACCCUACGCUGACCCACAAGCUGUGAGCCGCCCAGACACCCCCCGUAAGGGUUCAACUUCUCCCUUACAAACAGCUCGGAGGAGACACUGCAACUGGGUCCAUUUAACAGCUGAGAAAAACCGAGCCAGGGCGAACUGGUUUCCAACCGCAUUCGCGGCCGACCAUGAGAUUUUCUGGGCCAUGAUGGCUCUCACAGUCACUGGCUACCAACAAGCCCUCUCGGCCCCCGAUGCUAGACCACAGUUCCCAUACGCCCCAACGCUCCCACUGUGCCCUCAGUCCCGGAAGCGGAACUCCCUGCGCAAGAAGGGCGGGACCAGUAUGGCUUGCAAUUGGCCACAGGUGGCUCUACGGAAGCCUCUUCUCCAACGCGCUGAUUGGCUGUGGAACGCCAACUUUCGGUAUUUGAAUCUGGGGCGGGCGUAGCGGACGACGUUCCGGGACUGCGAGAGCGGACCUUGUUGGGGUUCCUUCGGCUGGGUUUCUCCUGCUCCGUUUUCUUAGCGCGAAGCGGGCACGGCGCUCCUCCCUUGCGGUGGGCGUCCGCGCGGGCCCAGGGCUUGGCAACCGUAGUCAGAAUGAGUCUGCAUGUCUUAAAUGACGAAAACGUGCCCAAUGAAAAGAGUUCACAGUGCCGUGAUUUCCAGUUUUUGCCACCAGAACUUACCGGCAGAUCAUCUGUUCUUUGUCUGUCACAGAAAGAAAAUGUACCACCCCAGAGCCAGGCUAAGGCCACAAAUGUGACGUUCCAGACACCACCUCGGGAUCCACAGACACACAGGAUCUUAAGUCCUAACAUGACCAAUAAGCGUGAGGCUCCUUUUGGAUUACAAAAUGACCACUGUGUCUUCUUACAGAAAGAAAACCAGCGGCCUUUAGCCCCAGUGGAUGAUGCACCUGUGGUUCAAAUGGCAGCUGAGAUCCUAAGAGCAGAAGGCGAGUUACAGGAGGGAAUCUUGACUUCCUCAAGCCUUUCAGCUUCCACAAGUCUUCUGGACAGUGAGCUGGUGACCCCUCCUAUCGAGCCAGUGCUGGAGCCUUCCCAUCAGGGACUAGAACCUGUCUUGGAAAGUGAGCUGGUGACCCCUCCUGUUGAGCCAGUGCUGGAGCCUUCCCAUCAGGAACUAGAACCUGUCUUGGAAAGUGAGCUGGUGACCCCUCCUAUUGAGCCAGUGCUGGAGCCUUCCCAUCAGGGACUAGAACCUGUCUUGGACAGUGAGCUGGUGACCCCUCCUAUUGAGCCAGUGCUGGAGCCUUCCCAUCAGGGACUAGAACCUGUCUUAGAAAGUGAGCUGGUGACCCCUCCUAUUGAGCCAGUGCUGGAGCCUUCCCAUCAGGGACUAGAACCUGUCUUGGACAGUGAGCUGGUGACCCCUCCUAUUGAGCCAGUGCUGGAGCCUUCCCAUCAGGGACUAGAACCUGUCUUGGACAGUGAGCUGGUGACCCCUCCUAUCGAGCCUUUGCUGGAGCCUUCCCAUCAGGGACUAGAACCUGUCGUGGAUCUAAAGGAAGAGAGCUUCAGAGACCCAUCAGAAGUCCUAGGUACUGGUGCUGAAGUGGAUUAUCUGGAGCAGUUUGGAACUUCCUCGUUUAAGGAGUCGGCCUGGAGGAAGCAGUCUUUGUACGUGAAAUUUGACCCUCUUCUGAAAGACAGCCCUUUGCGGCCAAUGCCGGUGGCCCCAAUAACAAAUAGUACACAGGAUACAGAGGAGGAGUCUGGUUCUGGAAAGCCGACAGAAGCUGAGCUUGUCAACUUAGAUUUCUUGGGAGAUUUGGAUGUUCCGGUAUCUGCCCCACCCCUGUGUGUCCUUGAGCCUCGAGGUCUCCUUCCUGCUGAGCCUAUUGUGGAUGUGCUGAAGUACAGCCAGAAAGACCUGGAUGCAGUGGUGAAUGUGAUGCAGCAGGAGAACUUGGAGCUGAAAAGCAAGUAUGAGGACCUCAACACAAAAUAUUUGGAGAUGGGGAAGUCCGUUGAUGAGUUUGAGAAGAUCGCGUACAAAUCAUUGGAGGAGGCUGAGAAACAGAGGGAACUAAAGGAAAUAGCUGAAGACAAAAUCCAAAAGGUUUUAAAAGAGAGAGACCAACUUAAUGCAGACCUGAACUCCAUGGAAAAGUCCUUUUCUGACCUUUUCAAACGGUUUGAGAAGCGGAAGGAAGUGAUUGAAGGCUACCAGAAGAAUGAAGAGUCACUGAAGAAGUAUGUUGGGGAAUGCAUAGUGAAAAUUGAAAAAGAAGGCCAGAGGUACCAGGCGCUGAAGAUCCAUGCAGAAGAAAAGCUCAGGCUGCAAGCCUGAGGAAGGCACAAAUGCAGAACCACUCGCUGGAGAUGACUCUGGAGCAGAAGGUAGGACACAGAGACCCCAAGGCCUGUUGGAGCUGACUGUGAUUCACGGGUUGCCUGGACGUUAUCUUUGAGGAAGUCAAGGGCCAGCCUUUUCCUUUCUAGUCUCCUUUUCUGCUUGAGAAGGGUGGGACCUUCCUAGCCAGUUGCUACUCCCUCUGAAACCCUACAGAAACCAGUCUCAUCUUUUCUCCUUCAGACAAAAGAAAUUGAUGAGCUGACCCGGAUCUGUGAUGACCUCAUCUCUAAGAUGGAGAAGAUCUGAGCACAGCCAGCUAUAACCAGCGCUCUUCUGUCUGUCUACCCAUUUAUUUCCUUAUCUGUCUGAUUUAUCUCUUACGUGUGGUUUAUUUAACCUCUGUUCAUUUCUAAAUUACUUUAUUUUGAAAAGACUAAAGUUUAAUCUCAAACUCAAAGU